GCGCCGCCCCCAGGCCGCGUCCGCUCCGGGAGCCGCCCGCGCCCCUCGGUGUGCCCGGCCCGCCCCGGUGCCGAGCGCCGGCACGGCGCUGUUCGCUGCCCGGCUGCCGGCGGGCGCAUGUUCCCGGGCGGGGUCGGCGCGCCGGCGGUGAGCGCGGGCGAGCAUGGCCGCGCCCGGGUCGGAGAAGAGCAGCAAGAAGAAGACGGAGAAGAAGCUCGCCGCCCGCGAGGAGGCGAAGCUGCUCGCCUCCUUCAUGGGCGUCAUGAACGCCAUGCGCAAGCAGAAAACUCUUUGUGAUGUCAUUCUUAUGGUUCAAGAAAGAAAGAUUCCAGCUCACCGUGUUGUGCUUGCUUCAGCCAGUCAUUUUUUUAACUUGAUGUUUACUACAAAUAUGAUUGAAUCAAAGUCCUUUGAAGUGGAGCUAAAAGAUGCAGAGCCUGACAUUAUUGAACAGCUCGUGGAGUUCGCUUAUACUGCAAGAAUCUCAGUUAACAGCAAUAAUGUCCAGUCUUUACUAGAUGCAGCAAACCAGUAUCAGAUUGAGCCUGUGAAAAAAAUGUGUGUGGACUUUUUAAAAGAACAAGUUGAUGCUUCCAAUUGUCUUGGCAUAAGUGUGCUAGCAGAAUGCCUAGACUGCCCAGAGCUGAAAGCCACUGCAGAUGACUUCAUUCAUCAGCAUUUCACUGAGGUUUACAAGACAGAUGAGUUUCUCCAGCUUGAUGUUAAACGUGUGACACAUCUCCUGAACCAAGAUACAUUGACAGUGAGGGCAGAAGACCAGGUUUAUGAUGCAGCAGUCAGAUGGCUGAAGUAUGACGAGCCGAAUCGCCAGCCCUACAUGGUUGAUAUUCUUGCUAAAGUCCGAUUUCCUCUAAUAUCAAAGAACUUCUUAAGUAAAACUGUUCAGGCUGAACCACUUAUUCAGGAUAACCCAGAAUGCCUUAAAAUGGUGAUCAGUGGGAUGCGGUACCACCUCCUUUCCCCAGAAGACAGAGAAGAGUUGGUGGAAGGCACGCGGCCGAGAAGAAAAAAGCACGAUUAUCGCAUUGCUUUGUUUGGAGGCUCUCAGCCCCAGUCCUGCAGAUAUUUUAACCCCAAGGAUUACAGCUGGACAGACAUCCGAUGUCCCUUUGAAAAGCGCAGGGAUGCAGCUUGUGUCUUCUGGGACAACGUAGUUUAUAUUUUGGGUGGUUCCCAGCUCUUCCCUAUAAAGCGAAUGGACUGCUACAAUGUGGUGAAGGAUAGCUGGUAUUCCAAGCUAGGACCUCCAACACCUCGAGAUAGCCUUGCAGCCUGUGCUGCUGAGGGCAAAAUUUAUACAUCUGGUGGUUCAGAAGUGGGCAAUUCUGCACUGUAUUUAUUUGAAUGCUAUGACACGAGAACAGAGAGCUGGCACACAAAGCCCAGCAUGCUGACUCAGCGCUGCAGCCAUGGAAUGGUGGAGGCCAAUGGGCUCAUUUAUGUGUGCGGAGGCAGCCUGGGGAACAAUGUUUCCGGAAGAGUCCUGAAUUCCUGUGAAGUUUAUGACCCAGCCACAGAAACGUGGACUGAACUGUGUCCAAUGAUUGAAGCCAGAAAGAAUCAUGGGCUGGUGUUUGUAAAGGACAAAAUAUUUGCUGUGGGUGGACAAAAUAGUUUAGGUGGCCUUGAUAAUGUAGAAUAUUACGAUAUCAAGAUGAAUGAAUGGAAGAUGGUGUCUCCAAUGCCGUGGAAAGGUGUAACAGUGAAGUGUGCUGCUGUGGGACCUAUAGUCUAUGUCCUGGCUGGUUUUCAGGGUGUUGGUCGCUUAGGGCACAUUCUUGAAUAUAACACUGAAACAGACAAGUGGACAGCCAACUCCAAAGUCCGUGCUUUCCCAGUGACGAGUUGUUUAAUCUGUGUUGUAGACACUUGUGGGGCAAAUGAAGAAACUCUAGAGAUCUGAAGACUGUAGGAGAUGACAAAGCAGUCUUCAAGGACUUGGGAAAAGAUGGUUUUGGUGCUUUGCUUCCAUGUUUUACUGAAUCGUGUUAAAUUUAGUAACAGGAAGAAAUUGAGAUGCAGUCUUCUAAUUUGUAUAUACGGCAUAUUGUAUAAUGUGGAUUUUGUCAUGCCCAUUUUCUUGUCUGUUUUAAAGAGAUGGGGAUGUGUUUUGAGAAUCCACUUACCUAGGUGAUAUCACAUGGCAUCUUCCUUUAAAAGAACUGUAGGUGUGGCCUUGUCAAACAGAGACCCAAUCCAAAUAUUUAGAAUGCCUCUAAAGCAUUUGAUAAAGAAAAAAACUCUGGUUAAAUGACAUUUUACCAAGACCAGUUGCAGAGACACUUCCUUUAAUGAAGGCGAGUAAAUACAGCUUGACUCAUGAGAAAGAGGAACAACAAUAUUUUCUCCUUCAUACCUACCUGCAGAAUUCUUACUGGGAUGAAAUGAAGACAUUUUCUCAGGAAAGACCAGGGACUGCUGUCUAAUAAAGAUUCCCAAUGUUUCAACAGCUCUCUAGAUCAUGAUAGCUGCCCUCUUCCAGUGAGUUUCUUCCAUCAUUUGCAUGACUGCUUAUCAAUUUUUUAAGGUUAGAGAGGCCAUACAUAAAAAUUAGAGAAACACUGGUCUCUUUGGCAUUUUGUGGAGCCUUACAGAAAGACUUUUUGAUUUUAUUUUUUUUUAAUUACACUGAGGUAGGGAAUGGUGGGGCAAGUCGACGACAAUUGUGCACUAUAAUUAGCAAGUUGGAAACUUGGAAAGAAUUUUUAAUCUAUCUUCCCAGGCAUCAGACUGUACAUAUUGUAGAUGCCAAUCCAUUAGCAAACACGGGAACAGGAAUGAGAAAAAGCAAAGUCAAUACGACAGAUAUAUUGAUUUUCUUCUUGAAAAUGACUGUUUUUAAAAUGGCAUGAACCAAGUAAUUAAAGAUACUUUACAGAA